UUUGUCAUUAGCUAAUAACUCUAAUAUCUAAUAAAGAUUGACUUAAUCACCUUAGAACAAGCCUGUGCUACAAUCCGUUAUUGGCCGGUAGCUCCGCCCACAGGACAGAUAGACCAAUAGAAACACGUGGCCUUCACUCCCGCUCUCCCCAUUGGUGUUCCCCGCGACCGUGAGGAAGCUCCUCUUCACAGGCGGACUGAAAACGGUUUUGAAAGCUUUAAUAUCUUUCGGUAAUUAAAGCAGAAAAAAAUGGCGAACUCGGACACUCUGGCCGAGGAGGAGCGGGACUUUCAAAAGCUCCUCGCGCAGAUCGGCGGCCGGGAGAGGAUUCAUCUGGUCAGUGAUGCUUGCAAAAGCGUGGAGGUGGACGGAGAUGACGUUGGGAUAUUGCAGGAGUUCAUACGUGACAUGUUUCACAACAGCAGACCGGCGACGGCCACGGGGCAGCCCCGGCCGUCCCCCGGUGGCGACGCGGCCGAAAAGACCGAAAACAGCAACGAGCGACCGUUGACCGCGGACCCGUUGACCGCGGACGAACGGACCGAGGAGCGGUCGGCGCGCGGAGCGCGGAGAACGGUCAAGCAGAGGUUCAACAUCCACAGCUCCAAGCGCGCCAUAGACUCCUCCGUGGUCGUGUUCGUCUUCAGGCAGAGGUUCGUGGGCCAGAUCGCCAACGGCGUGUGCCUGAAGGAGAUCCUGAGGGACGUCCGGGCGCGCACCGGGCGCAGCGCGACCUCCCGGCCGGCUCUGGUCGGCCUGGUGCGCGCGUCUGAGGAGGAGGAGGGCGCGGAGACGCGCCGGUGCGAGCGAGUCCUGGAGAGCCUGAUGCGCUCCGUGUUCCGCAAACACGCACCGGACACCAUCUGGGUGGGAUGCUUCGUCCCCAAGACGGAGGCGACGAUGCUCAGCAUCAAGAAGAACGCCUGCAGAGUUUUCCUCGCCUCUCAAACUGCAGACACCACCGGGGACAGAGGGGAUCCACCUUUCUGGCCAUUCCAAUGUUGGUUCAGGCCUCAGAGGAGAACAGCCAGAGGCCAAAACAACAACAAAUCUUCAAACAGCAGGCAAAAAGGUGCUGCUGAAAGCGUAGAGGAAGGCAUCCCUUUGAACACGGGCGUCUCGUCAGCUGAACCUCAUGUGAAUGGAUGACCAGUCGAAGAACACUACUGAUCACUGUUGGAGCAAAACCUCUGGCUGCUAGCUUCUCACUGUGGAUUGUUCUGUUUUCACUGUGACUGGAAAAGUUAGCCUCCUGGCAUUACCAAGCCUUACUGCACACUUAUGUGGCUUCUUGGUGCUAGAAAUCCCACCCCCGUGCCAGCUUGUGUUCGAUCUUGAAAGGUCACUUGACAUGUUGACCUGUGUAUCUUUUGGCGUCUUUAUUGGCAUCCGUCGAACACCAGAGUUUAUGCUUUAUUUGGACCAUUUUUUGAAGAAAGAGACUUGCAUAAUGGCUUAUUAGAUGAUAACACAGCCCUAUUGUAACAUUUGGUUGUUUAAGGUGUAUGUUUAGUGCAUUAUCAAGAUCAUAUGUGGAGAAAAGGGCAACUGAACAACCCCAAAGUUCCCUCUGCAUCAGCUGGUGCAUGCUACUGUCAAUUAUCAGGGAGUUUAAAACCACUAAGGCUAAAUAUAUGCUAGAAUUUUAAAUAUUUUUUAAAGCAAACUGAACUUAUAACCUGUACCUAAUUGUAAAAGUAUAAUUUCAGUAGCCAAGCAAUGUUGUUUUCAUACCAGAUGGCAGAUUUAUUUUGCUUUGUUGAAAUAUCUGAGGUCAAUGUCUCUGGUAUGAAGAAGCUCAACCUGCUGCACAGAAAACUGGGAAACAACUUGUAAAGGUUUUAUUUGCUUUAUUGUUUUAAAAAGCUUUUAUAUCUUCAUGUGUACUUUUCUCUGAUUUAUUAGAAUUUGUGCCUUAGGUAACGACUGUUGACAUUAGCAUUAGUAGCAUAAACUUUUUGGUCUUAAUUGUCAUCACUGAGGAGAGACGCUUGUUUUCAUUUCCUUGGUGAAAAGAUGGUUUCAAGGUUUCAUAAUACAUUAGUAAGAUAUGGAUCAAGAUUUUAAAGAGAUAGUGGCUUAACAUAUACUUACUUAACUGGGGGAUUGUAGAUGCUCAGACAGGGUUACUUUUGAAUGAUCCUUAAAGAUAAUUUAAAGCAACAGAAGUUAACACAGGAUGCAAUGUUUAUGUUACUAAGUUACUCAUCCAUCCAUUUAUAUCAAUAAAACAAUUUCAGC